AUGACGGCGGCCGACUUGGCCUCCCUUCACCGUAUUUCACCUCAUCCCUCACCAUCGCCUCCACCAGCAUAUGACCAACAAAAUUCUACCAGCGCAUGUCCGCCGGCUAAGUCACGGAGGCCCAGCUUGGACCGUUCGGGCGUCGCGAAAAAGUGUUCACAUUGUCAAGCAACAUCGACCCCCCUCUGGCGAAGGGACCCGACAACUUUCAAGACGCUUUGUAACGCUUGCGGCCUCUAUCUUCAACAACGAAAUAAAUUUCGGCCUCAGGAACUCAUUGACGCCGAUACUGACGAUGGGGAUACUACAGAUUCCUCGGACGGGAAUUAUAUCGGUCCCGAGUGCAGCCAUUGUCGGACGCAUCAUACGUCAGUCUGGCGUCGUAGCAAGACUGGGGCACAGCUUUGCAACGCCUGUGGGGUGUACGCCCGCCUUCGAGGAAAGCCUAGACCUCUAUCCCUCAAGAGAAACAAGAUUAAACCUAGAACAAAGCAUGCUCCUACUAAAUAA